AUGGGUAUUCCAUUUCCCGAUAUAGAUCCAUAUGAAGUAUUGGGGGUCGAUAAAGAUGCAUCUCCAAUACUAAUAAAAAAGACAUACAAAAGACUAUGUUUGAAACAUCAUCCAGAUAAGAUCAAACAAUUGAAUCAAAAUGAUCGGUCUGAAGCAGCUUCAGAAGAGGAGCUAUUCACAAAAAUACAGUUUUCAUACAGCAUUUUGAGUGAUCCGGUGAAGAGAAACCGAUAUGACACGUUGGGUUCGUUGUCAGAAUUUAGUGACGAUUAUGAUGAGGAUGGGUUUGAUUGGAAAGAGUACUUCCAGUCCAUGAAUGAGAGAAUUACAGUGGAGAUGAUUGAAGAGGAUAGAAUCAAGUACCAAAAUUCAGAAGAGGAAAAGGAAGAUAUUAUCUCAAGUUUCGUAUAUUACGAAGGUGAUUUCUUGAAAUUGUUUGAAGUUAUACCUCAUUUAAACUUUACUGAGUCAGAAGAAGAGCGGGUGUAUAAGAUUAUUGAGCAAGAGCUUCCCCGCUUGAAAGUAGACAAGUCUGUGACCAAGUCAUGGGAGAAGUACACCAAAAGUAGGAAAACUAAAGUGAAAAAUAUGUUGAAAAAAUUGGCAAAAGAAGCCAAAGAAGCAGAGGAAUUGGAGAAGCAGUUGAAAAAGAAGAACGAGAAACCACAAGAUUUGGCAAGUUUGAUUAAGAGUCGUCAGAAUAAUCGAUUGGAUGGUUUGAUUUCCAAUCUAGAAGCCAAAUAUGGUAAGAAAAGGGGUAAAAAGAGAAGCUCCAAAGAAAUUGAUGAUGAUGAAUUUGAGCGAAUUCAAACAGAGAUGUUGAAAAAAAGAAAGUAG